UCCUAAACACUGCGGUCUUGUGCCUCAGUAUCUGUAUUAUAGCUCAUUUACCGCUGAGACGCUGUGUUCAAACGAUGCCGGCCGCCUGCACUCACCUUUUCUUCGCUGCCAUCUUGUGGACGGUGCCGUGUACGAGAGCAGCGGUGAUGUUAACCAACACCUCUGACCUGAUUCAUCUCAGUAACGAUGGAGAUUAUGAGGCAGAGCAAGGCGUCAAGACUCUCAGCAAUGCUAGCGUGCCUCGCAGCCGCCGAAAGCGCCACAUUUCUUCACGAGACAUGACUGCCAUAUUGGACUAUCACAAUCGCGUGCGCUCUCAAGUGUUUCCACCCGCAGCAAAUAUGGAAUACAUGGUAUGGGAUGAGAGACUGGCUAAAUCUGCAGAGUCCUGGGCCUCACAGUGUAUAUGGGAUCAUGGGCCACCACAUGUCAUGAGAUACAUGGGUCAGAACCUGUCCAUAAACUCUGGAAGCUAUAGGUCAAUCAUUGAGCUGGUGAGAUCCUGGCACGAUGAGAGACACUCCUUCUCUUAUCCUAACAGAUGCACUGGCUCUGUCUGCUCUCACUACACACAGAUGGUGUGGGCUAGCUCGAAAAGAAUUGGAUGUGCUGUCAACAGGUGCUCAAACAUGUACGUGUUUGGGAGCAUGUGGAAGCAGGCCACCUUACUGGUCUGCAACUACUCCAUCAAGGGUAACUGGGUCGGAGAGGCUCCAUACAAGACAGGGAAACCAUGCUCAGCCUGCCCCUCUAGCUAUGGAGGGUCUUGCACCAAAAAUCAAUGUUCCAACAGAUCCAAAUCCAAAAAGAGGCGCAAGUGGUUUUAG